AUGGCGCUUGUCGACUACUCCUCCUCGUCGGCGAGCGAAGCCGAUGCGGUUGAGGAGCGGCGGCGGCCGAGAAGAAAGCGACGCAAAGGUAGUGGUGACAAGGAGCGAUCGGCGCCGGAGUCAGAGUCGGGGUCCGAAUCAGAGUCGGGGUCGGAGUCGAGGUCGAAGUCGGCUGACGGCGCCGCUGCCGAGUCGAAGAUGCCGCCGCUGCCGUCAGCAUUUCAUGAUCUCUACGCCUCCACCGUCCGUCGCAGCAUCGUCGACGACCCCAGCCUACACCAAGGCCGCAGGAGACAGACGCCUCACGUUCCAGGCAUCUGGCCGUCGCACGUGUACGUCGAGUGGCAUCCGACGAGCGACGAGCAUGGGUCGUUGGUGAAGCUGAUUCGGCUCGUCGAGGCGGAGCUGGGUGACGAGAUCAAACUGCACAGCUUCCUGACGAGCGAUUUGGGUUCUCCCCUACCCCUUCACAUCAGCCUCUCUCGGCCGCUCAGCCUGCCGACGGCCGACAAGGACGGCUUCGUCGAGAGGCUCUCGCAUUCCAUCCGGAGCAGUGGCACGGAUCCCUUUUCCCUUCACCCGAGCGGGCUGGCUUGGUUCAAGUCGCCCGACUCGGAGAGGACUUUUCUCGUCCUCCGAGUCGUCGGCGGCCAUCAAGCGGAGACGGGCCGGGUCAACGGGGAACUCACGGGGCUGCUAUCGCGAUGCAACGCCGUUGCGAGCCUGUACAAGCAGCCCACCCUCUACCAGCAGAGCGACAAGGGAGCGGCCGACACGGCAUUCCACGUGUCCGUCGGAUGGACCUUUGAGCAGCCAGACGAGAAAGCGUCGCUUCGAGUCCUCCACCUCCUCGACGAGGAGCCGUUCCGCGACUCGCGCUCGUGGGAGAUGCAGGUGUCAGGCGUCAAGGCCAAGAUUGGGAACAUGGUGAAGCACAUUCCACUCGGCCAGUCGAGGAGCGUUCCGUAG